AUGUCGUCUACCUCACAGGAGAGCUUUGAAGACGCAGUCAAGCGCCAUGUCCGUGACGGCAUCAUAGGCAAGCUUAAUGGCGGUGAAACUGCAACAACGGCCACUGCCAUACUCGAUACUGCCCACGAGCAUUGCGAACGUAACAGUGGUGAGGAGGCUAAGAACACCUUAUAUCAAUUCUGGACAGCAAUCUUCGAAGUCUGCACUGAUAAUGCUACCGCUUACGAGAAGCCCGUAGACGAUACAGCCGGCACUACUCGAGACUUAUCCAUAGACGAUGCUUACGUCAUUUUUGCAGACGACACAGUUGCCAAAGACCUUGUUUUGCUGAUCAGGGAAAUCCGGAGCCAAGCCAGUUGGAGAACUGGAGGCCAUGGGACAGAUAAAAGAUUGAACAUUGAAUUUAGUCUUUCAACUGGCCUCGAAGAAGUCGCAGAGACGCAUUGGAACGAAUCAUAUCGUCUUGAUUAUACAGAGCCCUGGCAGUGGGAUGACGCACACAAGGCCUUUGACAGCAGUGUAAAGUUCUACCUCACUCAAGCCCUCUAUGCCGCGCUUCACAAAGAAGGAUACCUGGAAGAGAUGAAAUAUGCCGGUUGGGCUUGUAUCUGGGCUCUAAAGUUCUCAAGACACCCAUACCAAAAGUCGGGGUCUGAGUUUGAGCGGCGGAAUAAAGAAUUCGAGCCCUUACAUCUCACGAUCAGCAAUUGGAUGACCGCAGCUGCACCCGACGUCUUCAGGUAUCUACAACCCCUAAUGCCUACUGAGGGGUGGCCCAAUGUGCUCGAAGAAGACAAAAACAACGAGAAACACGAGGCCAACGGGGCCUUACGCACAAGGCUGAACCUCAAGGAAUGGUUGGACUGGCUCUCUAGGCUGCUACUUUGCGAGCGUGAAACCUGGGACGGGAAUCACUCUGAGGCUUACGGGAGAGCACUCCGUGAGGGUAUCAAGGAAAUGGACAGCGCGCCGACUAGAGUCAGCCAGCUCGCAGGUGAAUUCUCCGAAGCCGUGAAGAAUCUCUUGCCAGACCAGCCUCAAGACUCAGAUGUUGAGCAACUGGUGCCUUUUGCUACGAAGUUCUGGGACGACACAGGGAUGCCCGGCAAGAUCGUCCCCGGAGUCUCCGUUUCCAGAAAUUUUGCCCUUAGCGACUUUAGAAGGAGUACCCAGGAACUCAGCCAAGCUGCGGGACGAGAAUGGACCAUUCUACUCUAUAUCACUUUCGUGUUACCUCAAGAGCGUGAUUCCUUCGAACAGCACUGCCGUGGUCUAGAGCUACUGUUCGAAGCCUUGAUCUCUCCAAAAGUCCUCUCUCCCGAGGAUGAGAAUGACGACUACCCAGUACUGAAGCGGUUUUUACAAAUAGAGUUCUCAUAUCUAGCCUCUGUAUUCGCAUCCACAAUAGAUGACUGGACCCAAGAUGGAGGACGUCACGAGGUCGGCAGACGUAUCGACAAAGACGUUUUGAGAGAUCUUAUCAGAUACCUACAGGGGGGCCCGGAAGGUGGCUGGUCAUUUGUGGCAGACGCGGAAAAGAUUGAGAAUGACGAACGCAAGGACCACGACAGUUCUUCAUCAAGUAGCGAUGGCGAUAGUGAUGGCGAUAGUUGA